AUGCUCCGAGAGUUCCGAAAUGGGGAUAACUGUCUCACUGCUCAAACUGGUGAAUUGGCUCUGCAGUUGGGCAUGACGGCUGAGGCAGAGCGUUUGUUCAUUGAAUGCGGAAGAUGGGACUUAGUGACCAGGAUGCAUCGUGCCUUGGGACAUUGGGACGAAGCUCUGAGUGUUGUUGAAAAACACAAUCGGGUUCGUCUAAAAAAUACACACUACGCCUACGCGCUGGAGUUAAAGAAUCAGGGGAAUAUUGAAGAUGCAAUCCACCAUUUUGUACAAUCAAAUACACACUGCGUGGAGGUUCCACGUAUGCUGAAGGACUCUCCGGAGAAGCUAGAAGAGUUCGUAAACUCACAUCCGUCCAGGUACCACUCCUUUGGCCUUAUUGAAUGUCAUAGAGAACUGCAUCAUUGGUGGGCGCAGAGUCUGGAAGCGAAAGGGCGACUGAAAGAAGCGGAACUAUACUACAGUCGGGUGAAGGACUACGUCUCUCUUGUUCGUGUCUACUGUUGUGGGGGAAAAGAAGAAGCAGCUCUGGAGUUGUGCAACGAGACUGGUGACGCAGCUGCAUGCUAUCAUUUAGCAAGACAAAUGGAAGCUAAAGGAGAUGUAGAUCGAGCUAUUCAGCUGUAUACUCGAGCUCGUGCCUUCUCUUGUGCUGUGCGACUCGCCAAGGAGCACAACAGAAACGAGAACCUUUAUAGUCUGGCUCAGUUGGGCAGUCCGGAUGACAUGCUAGACGCUGCUCGUCACUUGGAACAGAGAGGGAACUUUGUGGAGAAAGCCGUGCUACUCUACCACAGAGCAGGUCACCUCAACACCGCCAUUAAUCUAGCCUUUGAGAAGCGACAAUACGGUGCCUUGGUCAGCAUCACUUGCGACGACCUUGGCAGCGAUUGUGAUCCAGAACUGAUACGCAAGUGUUCCAAUUUCUUCCUCCAGAACGAUCAGUUUGUCAAGGCUGUUGAAGUUCUUGCCAGGGGCAAGCAGUGGCUGGAAGCAGUGAAGCUGUGCACGGACUAUGAUGUGGCACUGAGUGAGGACCUAGCAGAGCAAUUGACACCACCACCGGACAUUGACAUGUCGGAAACGGAGCGACGUGAUGUGCUCACCCGUCUGGGCUAUGCAUGCCUCUCGCAAGGUCUCUGCCACCUUGCUUGUAAGAAACUCACUCAAGCUGGUGACCGUGUCAGCGCUAUGAAAGCUUUACUACGCUCCGGUGACACCAACAAGAUCAUCUUCUUCGCCAAUGUGAGUAAACAGCGCGACAUCUACAUCAUGGCUGCGAAUUACCUUCAAACUCUCGGUACCUGGCGCAAUGACACCAGUGUGGUCAAACUCAUUGUGCAGUUUUAUACGCGAGCAAAAUCUUUCAAUUCACUCUCUUCGUUCUAUGAGGCUUGCGCGCAGAUGGAGGUAGACGAAUACCAGAGCUACGAAAAGGCAAUGGGUGCUCUAACCGAGGCCUACAAGGCACUCUCGAGAGCUGUUGCGGAUGCUGCUGUCGCCUCCGAUGAAGUAAAUGGACAGAAGUUGGAGGAGCGUCUUUGUAGUAUUAAAUCGCAAAUUAUGCUGUGCAAAAAGUUUGUGGAUGCACAACUGCUAUUCGAAGAUGACCCAGUGGACGCGUUAAGCCAGUGUCAAGCAAUAGUGGAUGAACCCAAAACUGCCAUAAUUAUUCGUCCUGGUCAUGUCUACGCGGUAAUGGUCAAAGGAUUGGUUGCACAUGAACAAUACCAUGCUGCCUACGCCUGUCUGCAGGAGAUGAAAGAAAAACUAGGCGGCCAUGAAGCCGUGGCACGAUAUCUGGACAAAGAGGUACAAAAUGCAAUAUUCCGGGCCCUCGACAUGCCGACGCCAGUACAGCUGGAUUCUAGAGGAGGUUCGGACAGUGAUCGAGGUUUAACAAUGGGUGAGGAGUGUAUGGAGUCCAUAGAAGACAAUGCUGACAUGGCGCUGGAGAGUGACUGUGAGUAUGGACAAGAUGACAGUGCACGCCUGCGGUCAAAUAUGGUCGCCUAUGUGCCGCAGAUGCCUGCCCAACAUUCCACAAGUUCUUCUCGAAUGCAAUGGAAACGUUUGAGAAUUGGCGCCCUCGCUUCUUUCCCCCUAAUUGGCCAUUAUUACUUGGCGACAUUGAGCAAUGCCUUCACCGGAAGUUGCAACCAUGAACGCCACCAUCAAGUGGACGAACAACAGGAAGAAGACAGAUGGGUCGCGUCUAUCAUCAGCAUCAUCAGCAACAACAACUACUCCAGGAAUAGCGCAGCGCCACGCAGCUGGGAGAAAUUAAGCAUGCCACAACACGGAACGUGGUGCCGUUCCACUGUAACACAGCUGACAAAGUGGACGAUUGUAGAUGUGAGCAGUAACCCUUGGGUCAGUGGUUUAAGUCCACACCCUGGCACCGCUCUUCUGCGGUCCCUGCCUCCUCCCACCCUACAUGUCUACCAUGACCCCAACGCAGCUGUGAGGGUCUCGUGUGUUGCGCUGGCACUGCAUGGGCAUGAGCCUCCACGCAGGCAGUCACAUCGCAGUAAUCGUGAAAUUCACGUGACAAAAUCUCUUGCUGUUGAGCCCCGCUCCAUCGCCAUUGGGUUUGGAGACUGCGGAGGGAGUGAUGAUAGUGUUGAUCAGGCGAGACACUACAAUUCCCACCGAACAGACAGAAUUUUCGCAUGCACUUCGAUAACUGACUGGAUGCCUCGAUCCAAGUGUAGCAAUGAUAAGGGGGACCAGUUUGAAGUCUUCGGUAUCCCACUGGUGCUCCUUGGUGUGCGAAGAUAUGGCAGUAAAGCGGGCGGCAUGACCUGUGGAAGGCCCGCCGAGGGUAGUACAAUGCACUUCGGUGAGCGCGGACUCCCUCUUUUAGGGAGGGUAAUGCGAGGUGAAAUGAUUGCCAUACUAACGCGGUGA